AACGUAACACCACAGUUUAAUUAGACUGUGGUAAUAUGUAACACUACUGAUAGUAUUGGCAUCCAUGGAUUUCAAGAUGUCAGUGUUGCCACUUUAUUUUGUGUUUGUGAAAUGCGUGUGGCAAACAACAAUGCAGUCCAGUUUUUUGUGGAUUACCAAUUAUGUGCUUAACAGUUAUUCUCAAAUAACAAAAUGAGGAAAAGAAAUUAUGGAGCCGGAUUACGAGUGGAUUAUGACAACAGUGCAGCCCGAUCCAGAUUUACACGCAUCUUGCACUUAUUCACAUAAAAAAAGAUCUGGUCGAAUCAAAAAACAGCGUCAUACGAAGUGUGGUAAAUGUCAGGGUAUUACAUGAUGGCCAAAAUUGAUGGAGCAGGUCUUGGAUAUUCAUAUCAUCUGCCUUCAGCUGGAUGGGGAUUAAAAAUCCGCAGUACGUUAUCACAAUUUAGUGACCUGUUCAGUGAGUUCAAUCGAUACAUUGCUCCAGCAUACCAUCAUGACCGGUGUGAAAGGUCAGUUCAGAUGCGACUGUAUUCUAUGCACAAGAGGGAAUUUGUCAUGGUAUUCCUCGCAUUCUUUGCAUGUUUUGGACUUGGGGUCUUCAUUGGUUUGGCAGGACCACCAAUUACGAGUACAACAGAAGAAAGAGUUCGUCUGAAUGCAAGUGACUCAGCAAAUCGAGCUUUCAUUAUGAGGAGUCCUGCAAUGACUACGUACAGCCAACAGUUAUGGGUUAUUGCCAAGGUGUCCACUGAAAACACUGACGAUGAGACUUUUGACAAGACAUUCCAUGUCAGUGUUUCUAUUGAAGGUUUAACUGCAGACCAUAAACCCGUCACCAUACUACACAGUGACAGGGCGCACAACAGAACACGCCAUCUGAAAUGUAAGCGGCAGGACUGUGAAGAAUUCAUUGUCCUGCAUCUUGGAUUUCUUGACUAUACACAUUACAUCCUCACCAUCCAUUUCUAUGGCCUUGAAAGUUUUCAUCAGCGGUACACAAUCCGUGAUGUAACAUUCUAUUUCAAGAGCUACAAUCCUGCCUUCACUCAGAUUGAAAUCUGGUUCCGUUUUAUUUUCUUACUUAUUACAUUUGCUGUCACAUGUUGGUUUGCUCAUUCUCUUCGGGCAUUCCCAGUCUUUGAUUGGUCGAUAGAACAGAAAUGGAUGUCAAUUCUUCUGCCCCUUCUGUUGUUUUAUAAUGAUCCCAUUUUUCCUAUGACAUUCUUAGUCAAUUCCUGGUUACCAGGAAUGCUGGAUGCUGUUCUACAGGCUAGUUUCCUGUGUGCAUUGCUGCUUUUCUGGCUGUGUAUGUACCAUGGCCUCAGGCAGAAUGAACGACGACUUCUAACAUUCUAUUUUCCAAAAAUGGUAAUAGUUGGUAUGUUGUGGUUCUCAGCCAUUACUAUGGCCACGUGGCAAAAGAUAAAUGAAGUACAAGAUCCAACGUACAGUUACAAGUUGGAUACUAGCCACUUUUAUGGUUUCAAGGUUUUUUUCUUCAUAGCAUGUGGUGUCUAUUUACUGUACCUGGUGUGCCUCAUAUUGAGGGCAUACAGUGAACUCCGUGCCAUGCCUUAUUUUGAUAUGCGGCUCAAAUUUUUGACAUUGUUGAUGCUUAUUGUCUUGGCAGUAAGUCUUACAAUAACUGUACUUAGAUUUGGGGUUGGUAUACUGGAAGAUAAUUUUGUCGCAGAAUUAUCUACCAACUACAAGAAUUCUGCAGAAUUUAUGUCAUUUUAUGGCCUCCUCAAUUUCUAUUUGUAUACAAUGGCAUAUGUGUAUUCUCCUUCAAAAGGAACAAUAUUUGAAUCUCCCAUUACCAAAGAUAAUCCAGCAUUUUCCAUGAUAAAUGACUCUGAUGAGGAUGUUAUUUAUGGAUCUGAUGAGGAAAGUAGAAGACCACUUAAUCGUUGCAGAAAUGAUGAUGACAGUGAUUGAUUGAGAAUUUUUUUACUGCUAUUUGAUUAUUACCUGAGGACUCUUGUAUUAAAUAAAUUGUUUUUAUCUAAAACAAAUACUAAUGUAGUUUAUGUGUUAUUUUUCUAAUCCCUCCAUAUCAAAAAAGGGUAUCUCAAUGGUUUAUACUGUUAAACACUGAUACAGCUUUGUCUUGUGGUGUAUUUUAAAGUAAAAUUUCCUUGUACAAAAAUGAGAUUAAGGUAGAAGACUUGUUUUACAAAACAUGCAGGACUGUUGUUAAAAACUUACAAUUGUGUAACUGAGCAACUUCUUUUCUUUGCUGACUGUGAACCUCCAAGCACUGUUGAAACUUAGCAUCUUCAUGGAAAGGCUCUCCAAAAUAAACAUUAAAGUCUUUUGAUUUUUA